GUUUACAUCCAUUAGUUUGUAAAGGGUUCAAUGCAGACUUUGAUGGGGAUCAAAUGGCUAUUCAUUGUACCUUUAUCUUUAGAGGCCCGGGUGGACGCUUGUUUACUUAUGUUUUCUCAUAUGAAUCUCGUCUCCAGCUAUUGGAGAUCCCAUUUCCGUGCCCCAUGAAUUCAUGGAUUGCACCAACCAAGACAUUGCCUCAAAUUGGUUCUCUACACUGAAUCUAUGAACAUCAAUCUUUUGCUCCUUAAGAUGUCCAACAGCUUCAGUGGAUCAAAACUAAGACACAAAAAAGACAUUUCAAAUGCCUUGAAACCAUAUGAAACUGUUUCCCCAAAAAUCCUCUAGUGACCUCGCACGUGUGAAUCUAAAUGCGAGCGUGCCACUUACUUUGCUGAAAGUAGGAAAUGAUGACUUUCCCAAUGACUCUCUUUUUCCUCACGGUCGACCUCCUUACAGAUGGUGAGAAGAACGUUGGAUUAAAAUUGAAAUUUGCGC